GUUGUGCAAGCGAAGAGCCAGAACUCAUUCACCUCCCUGCGCGGCGCAGUGAGCACAAACAAGAAAAUCUGUGUCGCCGAAGGUUCUGCUGAUGAGGACUACGUUCGAGCCACCUAUCCUCGAUACAGCAACGUUUUAAGCUUCCUGGGCGGGCCCGAACAGCGUGCAGCCAAACUGAGGGACGGAGGCUGUGAUGUGGUGACCUUGGCGAAGUUCGAGUACGACUUCCUGCGGCAAGUGGGAAGUGUGAACCCCGACUGCUAUAUGGAGACCAUCGGAGAACCACUGCAAAACGUAGAUGCUGGUUGGAUGGUCCUCAACGAUGUCAAAGACUCCUGCACAUCCUUGAUACGGGACGUCUUAGGACUUUGGACACUGCAGAUGGAGCUUGACGGGACCCUGCGUGCUAUAGUCAAGAAAGGCCUCACGCCCGUGGAGCGUUGUGCUAUUGAGACUAUGUCAGCUGGUCACAGCUCUGCCAGCCAGCUGAAACUGGAAAACAUGCUUGGCAUCCUGACUGUGCACGCCGCUGGUGUUUUUACGGCUUUGGUAUUCCAUUUCCUGCAAGGUGCCCCUAAGGCAGUGAGAAAGGGCAUUCAAAAAUCACGUACCUUGGGCGCAAUUCGUCGCGUAUCACCCGGUCGGAGGGGCAGCCACCAAUCGGACGAAGUCUCAGCUGGAAAGGUCGCCGCGUGGGUUGACACGCAGCACUCC